UGCACGCAGCAUCAAUAAUAGAGCAGCGGCAUACGACUUGAUCUGUUGCCAUUUGUAACGAGUACCGAGCCAAGUGCCAUUGCGCACUUACGAGAGUUUUUUAAUUAUGCAGGGAAAAAUAAUCUUUUAAGAAUAUAUAGUAAUUAAGAAUUAGUUUAUUACCUGUUACUUUUUUAUGUGCAUAUGAAUUUCAACAUGACUCGUCUACUUAGAAAACAUUUUCCAAAAAAUCGUUAAAUAUUUUUUCCACAUAAAAUUACUUAUCAAUCAUUUUUAUUUAGGUUUUGAUAUUUUUAAGUUUUUGAGCUGAUAUACCUUAUAGUAAAACGCCAUCAUGAGAACCAGAAGUAAUUCAGGGGUUCGCUUGGAGUAUUACCAGCGGAUAGUCCACAAAAUUAUUAUGGAUCAUCAAAAUCCAGUGACAGGAUUAUUUCCUGCUAGUCAAGAGAAUAAUCAUGCUUGGAUUCGAGACAAUGUUUAUACUAUUUUGGCCGUUUGGGGAUUAUCUAUGGCAUAUAAAAAGACUGCUGAUGCAGAUGAAGACAGAGCCAAAACAUAUGAGUUAGAGCAAAGCUGUGUCAAACUUAUGAGAGGUUUACUAAUGGCUAUGAUGCAGCAAAAAGAAAAAGUAGAAAAAUUCAAGUCCACGCAAAAUCCUCUAGAUGCACUGCACGCAAAGUAUAGCUCUGUAACUGGACAAACUGUAGUUGGAGAUAAUGAAUGGGGACAUCUACAAAUUGAUUCCAUUUCUUUGUAUCUAUUAAUUUUAGCACAAAUGACAGCUUCUGGAUUACAAAUUGUUUUUAAUUUGGAUGAAGUAGCUUUUAUUCAAAAUUUAGUAUUUUACAUUGAAUCCGCAUACUGCACACCUGAUUAUGGAAUAUGGGAGAGAGGUGACAAGACAAAUCAUGGUCAACCUGAACUCAAUGCUAGCAGUAUAGGUAUGGCAAAAGCUGCCAUGGAAGCAAUGAACGAAUUGGAUUUAUUUGGAGCUAGAGGAGGUCCAACUUCAGUCAUUCAUAUACUAGCUGAUGAAGCUCAAAAAUGUCAAGCCGUUUUACAGUCAAUGCUCCCCAGAGAAUCCAAUUCUAAAGAGCUUGAUAGUGGUUUAUUAUCCAUUAUUAGUUUUCCUGCUUUUGCUGUAGAUGAACCAUUUCUUAUAAAACUCACAAGGGAAGCAAUUACAAAAAAAUUGCAAGGAAAAUAUGGCUGUAAAAGAUUCUUAAGAGAUGGUUACCGCACACCAAAGGAAGACCCAAAUAGGUUGUAUUAUGAACCAUGGGAAUUGAGAAUGUUUGAAAGUAUUGAGUGUGAAUGGCCAUUGUUUUUUUGUUAUUUAAUAUUAGAUUACUGCUUUCAAGGCAAUCAAAAAUUAAUUGAUUACUAUUCAAAAUUAUUGGAACAAGUUACUAUAAAAACUGAGGAUGGUAUAAGAUUAGUGCCUGAACUCUAUGCUGUGAGUUCAUCCACAGUUGCAGCUGAAUAUGCAUUGCCUGGUAGUCAACAAAGAGAAGCUUUAGGUAGAACACCCUUUAUGUGGGCUCAAUCUCUUUAUAUAUUAGGAAAAUUACUUCAAGAGGGCUUCCUGGCUGUUGGAGAGUUGGAUCCCUUGAAUCGGCGUUUGUGUAGUGAAAAGAAACCUGACGUAGUUGUGCAAGUAGUCAUUCUUGCUGAGGAUGCUGAAAUUCGUGAAAAAAUAGCUCAACAUGAUAUUCAUGUACAAACAAUUGCUGAAGUUGCACCAAUUGAAGUACAACCGGCUAAAGUUUUGAGUCAUCUAUAUACAUAUUUAGGUCGGAAUAAAAAAUUGGGGCUAUCUGGAAGAAAAUCGAGAGAUGUCGGUAUUCUUAGUACCAGUAAAUUAUAUUCACUUCACGAUCGAAUUUUCGCUUUCACACCACAGAACAUCGACAUCGAGGACUAUUACACGUCGAACGAUGCAUUUUUUCUCGCCGAUACUUUCACGACGAAUUUGGCGUUUCUCACCAUCAACUGGAAGCACAUGCUGGGUAGACCAACCGUAACUCUAGUCGCAGCUAACAGUUACCUCGAUCAAGGAAAAAUUCCGCUGGCAAUGAUAACUACGAUGAAAAAACUCAAGAGCGGAUACAUCAAUGGCACACGAGUGUCUUUAGGCAAUCUCAAUGACUUCCUAAGUACUUCGUGCAUCACUAAUCUGAGUUUUUUGGGUAGUUCCGAAGACGGACGACCCGAUCGAUUGAACUCACAGGUACAACAAUAUCUGGACGAGCACUUGAUGAAAUCGUUCCCUGCGAGAUCAAGUUUUCUUACGCGGACUACUGCACAGCCCGGCAGAAGCGUACGACGCCGAAUGUCCGUUAAAGGAGCCAUAAAAAAGACGAGAUCUAUCGCGGUUGAACCUACAGAAAUUCCCAUCGUAUUGCAAGAACCCGAGAUCCUCGGCAUGGCCGGGGAAGAUCGUCGUCCGUCCACCGUGCUCUCCGCCAAUCCAUUCAUCAAAGUCACGGACACGAGUCUGUCGCCAUCUUCGCUGAGCGAGUCGAAAUCGUCGGCGUCGGUCGAUCGCUCACCGUCGCCGGUCGACGACCUGCUGAGCGCCUGGAGGCCUCACUCGCCGAAACCACGACAUCGCAUGAAUUCCGAAACGCAGUACGCCAACACGGAAGUCGAGGAACUCAUGACCAUGCUGAGAGAAACGGAAAAUUUGGAAGAGCAAGGAGACAUACUGCAGUAUCUCGUGGAUUCGCAAGGACUACAAUUCGACACGGGCAUGACGGAGGACGAGCACCCGGUCCUGGUGAAGGAUCUGCUCAAAGGCCUGUACGAGAAGGCGUGCCAGCAAAAGAUGUGGGGCCUCGUGCGUCACACGGCCGGAAUGUUGGGCAAACGAGUCGAGGACCUCGCCAAAGCCGUCACGGACUUGCUGGUCAGACAGAAGCAAGUGACGGUUGGCAUGCCACCGCAAAACGAGCACACGAUCGUCGCACCUCUGCCGGAGAACGAACUGCGCUCCUUGAUACAUCAAGCCUACGGCGACGACGAGUCCACGGCUAUGCUCACCCAAGAGUUGCUCGUUUACUUGGCCAUGUUCAUCCGCACCGAGCCGCCACUCUUUCACGAGAUGUUGAGGCUCAGGGUCGGAUUGAUCAUUCAAGUUAUGGCUACUGAACUUUCCAGGACACUUAUAUGCACCGGUGAAGAGGCCUCCGAACAUCUUUUGAAUUUAUCACCCUUCGAGAUGAAAAAUUUACUUCAUCAUAUAAUGAGUGGAAAAGAGUUUGCCAUCAGCAGUGUUGGAAGGGGUAAUUUUUCGGUCGUUAGUUACAAAUCGAGUCGCGUCAGUAAGAAAUCGCAAAUUGGAGGGUUCUUGAGUCCCGAUCAAGAAAAUGUCGAAAUGGAGCCGGAUAGACAAGGUCAAUGGCUUAGACGUCGACGUUUAGACGGAGCUUUGAAUCGCGUCCCUCGCGAUUUUUAUUCACGCGUUUGGCAUGUUCUUGAAAGAUGUCAAGGUUUGGCAAUCGAAGGAAAAAUUCUGGCACAAAAUCUUACACAAGAAAUGACUUCUGGAGAAUUGAAAUUCGCUCUAGCUGUAGAAACUGUAUUAAAUACUAUACCACAACCAGAAUAUCGUCAACUUAUCGUUGAAGCAAUGAUGGUACUGACAUUAGUGACAGAGUAUAAUGUUGCUUCAGAAUUAGGCGGUCUCAUAGCCGUCGAACAUUUGGUACAUAAAGCUAAUGCCAUGUUUUUAGAAGAUCAAAUAAAAGUCGAUGGAGAUGCCACGCUUUGCUGCGCCAAAUCUAGAGAACACAGAGAAACUACAGCCAUGGGCACUUUGCUUUGUGGAGGAGCUGCUUAUGUAUGUCAACAUUUUUACGAUUCUGCACCAAGUGGGAGUUUUGGAACUAUGACAUACAUAACAAGAGCUGUUGCUUGUUUGUUAAAUUGUUUGCCAAAGGAUGGCGAUUUAGAAUGUUCAGUAUCUUAA